GAGUUCGAGAUCCCCGGCGGUGGCGGGGCGUACCAAGUGGCGUCGCUCCCCUACGCGGGGGGGGACCUCGCCAUGCUCGUCGCCCUGCCCGGCCCCCACGUGGAGCUGUCUGGGCUCGAGGGUCACCUGACCCCGGAGCUCAUCGCCCAUUGGAUGGAGUCUCUGCGAGUGCAGGAGCUCCAGAUCCACUUGCCAAAGUUCCGUGUGUGGCACCGCGUGGCUCUGCGUGAGCCGCUGCGCGCCGCGGGCGUCUCAGACGUCUUCAACGAGGGCGGCCUCACGGGCAUGGCCGACGCGCGUGACCUCAAGUUCACCGACGCCAUCCACGUGGCAGCAAUCGACGUCACAGAGCAAGGGACCCACGCCUCUGCUGCCAGCGGGUUGGUGGGCGCAGUGAAGAUGAGCCUGGGGCCUCCUCCUCGCCGCCUCCUCGUCGACCGCCCCUUCCUCUUCCUCAUCCUGGACACGCGCUCAGGUGCCUCACCUCUCUAA